GUGGAUCUGUUGGGGCAGAGUGGGUCUAGGGUUUCCAGCAUGAUGAUGUUGAUGUGAGCCAUGACCAGCCUUUCAGAGCUCUUCAUGGCUAUAAAUAGUGUAGUAGUAGGCUACUGUAAUAGUAGUACAAAUAAUAAUAGUACUGUAGUAUUUGUAGAAGUAACCUAGUAGUAGUUUAAUCCCUGGUUAGUCUACACUGUCAUGUAAAAUCCCUGGAUUAAGCACACUUCCGCUUUAAGAGUGCUCGUCCCCCUGUGGCAUUUAAACGCUUUCAGAAUCGUCGUUGCAGAUGUGUCACACUUCAUGCCUGGCUCGCGCUUCAAUUUAGUUUACAUUCACCGCACACGCACCGAUACACACACGUUAUUGGGGCAUUGAAUUAGGAGCAGGGCAAUGGCUUCAGUGAGUGUGGUAGGACCAAGACAGCAUCGUCCUAGCCCAGACCAGGAGUUUUUCUUUAAGGAAAUAACGGCCACCGGGAAGAAGAAAAUAACGUUACCGAGGAAAUACUCCCUGGAGAAUAUGGUGACCAGGAAGAUAUCGGUGAAGCGGGAGUGCGGUUCGGUGUCGGUUUUAUCAGCAGUCACAGCAACCCCGCUGACCCCGGCACACCAAAGAGCAGCAGCCGAGGUAGGAGGGGGGAAUCCCGGGGUGAGAAGUGGGGCUCAGCCGGGGCUGGUGCCACGUAGCUUCGACAGAGAACGCGACAGCAGCAGGCCUGAUUGUGGGCACACGGAGAGAGACACGACGGCGGCGAGGGAGGACACUGGUCAACGCGGACGGAGGGCAAGCGGCAAUGACUAUGCCGAUGACGGAGGUAGUUCACUGAAGACCGUCACAAAUGUUCGGUCAAGCACAUCGGCCAACGAACAGAUAGCAGAUGCCAAGUGUGACAGAUCAAGCGCGCCCACAAACGGACACACUGGCGCAAACUCACAUCGGGACUGGCCAGUCAGGAUGCGCGCAUCCCACAGCCUCCCUGGUGAGACCACCGAGCCGGGUACCAAAGGGGAUACCGGGGGGCCACCGAUGGAGCGGUUGACACAGGGAAGGACAGGGGUCGUUAAACUCGCGCGCACAGAACCACACCGGAAGGAGGCCUGGUCAAUAUUUUCCUCCCAGGAGCAGGAGGACCCGCGCGUGCAUGCGGAGACAGGGGAGGGCCACCUGUUCUGGACCAGAACAGUUACUCAGGACUGGUGCGACGUUUGUAACCAGCCAAUCAACGCCCAGCAGGCGCUCAAGUGUAAAAACUGCAGCUACACCUGUCACCUGGAGUGUGAGGGGCGGGUCCAGCUGGACUGCAACCAGAGAGACAGCAACCUACAGGAAACUCCAUCUCCCAGAAGACACUGCUCCACGCCUCCUCAUUACAAGCAGAAUGAGGUCAAAGAGGAACAGGAGGGAGGACCCAAGGCUCUGUCAGAGAAAGAAGUGCGUGCCAGGAUAGAGGACUACAACUCUAACGUCUCAGAGAAUGGCAUGAAACUGGCUGCUGAUGGUUUGUACACUGGCUUCAUUAAGGUCCACCUCAGGCUGAGUCGGCCAGUCACGGUGCUUGCUGUGGAGGGUGCGGGAUUAGAGGAACUGUCAGGCAAGCCAGACAGACGCGGUCGACCAAUGACGGUGUCAGAGGGCCAGGAGGGAGAGGGAGCGGGGUUGAGUGACAAGCGGACGUCGUUCUACCUUCCCAGUGACUGUGUGAAGCAACUCCACAUCAGUAGUACUACCACAGUCAGGGAGGUCAUACAGGGCCUGCUGAAGAAGUUUAUGGUGCUGGAUAACCCACGCAAGUUUGCCCUGUACAGACAGACAUACCGCGAUGGACAGGAUCUGUUCCAGAAACUUCCUCUGGUGGAGUGUCCUCUCUGUCUGAGACUGGUGGCAGGGCCAGACCCUGAGCUGCUCAGCUUUGUCCUCAAGGAGAAUGAGACCGGAGAGGUGGAGUGGCAUGCGUUUUCAGUUCCUGAGCUGCAGAACUUCCUGGUGAUUCUGGAGAAGGAGGAGACUGAGCGUGUGCGAUUGGUGGAGCAGAGAUUCACAGCUUACCGACAGAGAUUGCAGAAGGCACUAUGCGAGCAUAAACCCUGAUCCCUCACCCUUGAUCCCUCAUCCCUAAUCUCUCACCCUGACCCUUCAACCCUCACCCUUCUGUUGACCCAGGGAGAGACAGGAGACCACUGAAGCUCACAGACUACUAUUCUCCCCUCAUUACACGGUCAGCCCCCCUCCAUCCCUCCUCCUCACCCCCCUUGAGAAGAGAGGAGGGCUUGAGAAAGCAUGGAAAGGGAAAAGGGGACUGAUUUAAAGGGCGAGUGGGCAGGAUUCUGGAACAUAAUCAGUGUUUCCCUGGGAGGUGAAAGACACGAUGAACUGACGGACCCUCUGGGCUCAGAUAUCUCAUUUUGGUCUGACAAUGUGACCUGAUGGGUCUCCUAAUGUUACAUUGAAUCUCAGUUUGGUCUGAUUAUGUUUUUAAGAUUAUACUGCUGCUGCUGCAAGUGUUACUUAUUUACUUACUUAUGUAUUUACUAAGGCAUGAGUCUCUCCCUGCUCUAUCUGCCCCAGCACCCCUGCAUAAAGAUUCAGAUGGACUAGAACAGACAUUACCAUUCAAAACAACGCUCCAUGGUGGAUGGAUCAUUUGGAAUGUUCCAUUACUUGAUGUUUACGAUAUCAACUCUCAGGUUGUCCCUGCAUGCCUUCUGUCCAGGGUCGAGGGUAGGUUAGGAGGGUAGGAGACGGGUGGGUAUGCUUGGGUUGGGAAGUAGGGUUGAGAUGCUGGGGUAAAGCUAUGUUCGUCUUCAUCUUCAGACUCCUCUCAUGUCAGUCCCAGGGAUGUACACCAGUGUUUCUCAUAGAACUGCUCUGCUGAGCUAAGGAAGCAACAGAAGAAGACCUGAGCUCUCUAUCCUAAUUUAUUUAUCCAGCGCUGAAAUAACCCCUCUAUCUCAGGCGGCUAACUUUCACUUAAUCCUGCAUCUCCAUCUACCUGGGUAACCAUGCUAGCGUGGGAGGUGUGCAGAUAGACGUAUAUACAAUAGAUAAUCUCCAUCUAUCUGGGUAACCAUGCUAGUGUGGGAGGUGUGCAGAUAGACGUAUAUACAAUAGAUAAUCUCCAUCUACCUGGGUAACCAUGCUAGUGUGGGAGGUGUUGUGCAGAUAUAUGUGUAUAUCAUAAAUAGAUGCUAUUCCCAUAGACACUAGUCUCUUCAGAUAGCCAUUGAGUACCCUGACUACAUUCACAUAAACAGAGACAUAUGUCUUAUGUACCUGUUAUUCAUUCACCCAUCCUACAGAAGCUAUGUCUUCUGUACCUGUUAUUCAUUCACCCAUCCUACAGAAGCAUACCGUAUGUAAACAAUCAGUAGAUUCCUUCAUUGCAUGAAUCGUCUGCUGGAGUUUGAAGCAAUUACAAACAGUUGAUGUUUUGACUCUUCAUAUACUCUUCACCCUUCCCUCAUCAAUAACCUCUGACCUUUAUCUCCUGACCCCUAACCUGGAAAUGUACAUUUCUCCUGAUGGGAGACUGCUUUGCUGCUGUUCCCAGUGUCUGUGGAGAAGGUAUGCAGCUGUAGCUACUGUUGUUAGAGGCCUGUUAGAGCCAGCCACUCUGUGCUGCUGUGACGGGCCCCUGAAGCCCUGCUACUGAGCCGACUGUUACAGGACCGAGUGAAUGAGGAACUGAUGCUCAAACACUGAUUGAGGGUCAAAAUGUCAUCUGCCAGUAGUUGUUCCUGGUCAGUUCAUGUAGUUAGGAAAAACUCCUGUUCCUAUAGUUCAUUGAGCUGAGAAACCCCAUUCUGGUGAUCACACCAAAGUUAAAAGGGACAGGGGCCGUGGGAUAUGCCUGACUGAAAAGAUGACGUAUUGUAGGAAAAAACUUUUUUGCACACUAAUUCUGCCCACAGAUUGGUCUGCCAGUCUGUAUAGUAUCCAAGAGAAGGAGCAUGAAAUUUGUGCUUUUUUCAUUCAUUUUUUAAGGGAAAUUGAUCAUACAAUUAAUGUUUAUCUGAGUGUGAUGCAAAUGUAUACAUUGGAGGACAAAUUAUUAUUAUUGAUUAUAACUAUUGUUAGUUGAAUUGGUGUGUGCGUCUGGGCUGAAGAUAAAGGUAUAAAUGUUAUAUGAUAGUUCAUAUCUAUUCCAGUCAGUCUCUCUCAUCGUCCAAAAGCACAUGCCUUCCUGAUGCUGAGUCCCUUCAUCAAGCCUGUUUUAUUCCUGCCCUCACAGGGCUUAUAGAAGCCACACAAACAGAUCUGAGACCAGACUACAUGUCAACGAUGGAAACCAUAAGAUUGUGUGUGUGUGUCUUUGUGUGUGUGUUAUUUAUUUUAUGGUUCACCCCCUUCGGCUUGGUGUUAAGUGUCAGAGGAUGUGGGCAAUCAAUGCUUUCCAAUAAUCUCUUAGUUUGGUUUAUCUGAAGAAUCAGAUGUGUAUAUAGAUAUCUGUAAAAAAAAAUGAAGAAUUAAAUAAAUGUCAUCCUUUAAUGAGU